ACUAUCUGAUGUUAGUUGUGAAAUUAGUUAGUUACAGAUAUUAAUACAACUGAAAUAGCUGUAUUUUGACUUUUUUAUUAGCAACGUUGCAACGUUUUUGCAGCUAAAAGUCCGGUAAAGUAACAUUUGCAGAUAAAUAGUUGUAAUUAAAAUUGGUAGAGCGUUAUACCAAAACGAAAUAAUUUUGCUGGCACAGCAAACUGCUACUUAUUAUAAGGACAACAAAAAGAUUUGUUAUACGGAAGAAAAUAAUUUUGCUGUUGAAGUAAAAUCGUCGUUGCGACAGCGAUAAAAUUUAGUCGAUCAAAUUAUUUUGCUCUGCCCGUGCAUCCAGCAAACAGCAACUCCUAACAAAUCUUUUUGCCGUCCAAACUAACUUUUUCAAUGUCCCCGUGAUAACUAACAAUUUGCUGUGCCAGCAAAAUAUUUUUCUCCGCGCGCACAUAAGAGACCUUUCAAGUCUCAUCAAAACACCCAUCUGUCAAGAACGGUCACGUGACGUGGCUGUCGCAUGCGCAUCGAAAUGAGACUCCGUCGGUCGCUUCAUCUCCCACCACUGGGAUCGAAAGAGUUUAUACAUACCUGUUUGUUCGUCACCAUACUUGUAUACGUGCGGUCGGUGAAUAGAGGCGGUGACAAGUUGGAUCGCGAGUGAAUCGUCAUAACGCGCUUGUUAAGUUCCGCGGAAGGCCGGCGACACAAUAACACGCGAAGCGAUACGAGGGGAACGUGCUCGCGAGAGAGAGAGAGAGAGAAACACACACGUUGAUGCGUUGAACCCAACCUAACCUCCGAAGUUUACAAGCGUCAACCACGUUUUCCUCGACACUGCUGCGUAUCGCGUUUCGAGGCACAUCGGAAAGAGGGGAGACCUCGACACGUGCUCGAUGUCCGCUGGCAUGUUUCGCGCACCGGCGAAAACGUGUUGCUCGCCGUGCAUCCUCGCGUUCAACGUACUUUACACACUUUGGAGACAGAAUCGAGUGAUAUAGUGUUUACUGCAACUACAUACGCGUGACUGUGAUCGAUUAACUUAUUUCUUUUCUUUUUUUAUACGGUUAACGCUUGUACGUAGAGCUCGCGUCGACUUACCGUUUCUUGUGCAAUCCUAAUCACAUAUAUUACAUAAUAUAAUGACGUCAUCAAUACGCCACAUCGAGAUGGGCAGACUGAGCAAGAUACAGGAGAACGUUUCGCACAUCAGGAAUAUAUGUGUGCUCGCGCACGUGGACCACGGGAAGACCACCUUGGCGGAUUCCCUGGUCGCGAGCAACGGCAUCAUUUCGAACAAACUGGCCGGCAAACUGCGGUAUCUGGACAGCCGACCGGAUGAGCAGCUGCGUGGGAUCACCAUGAAGUCCAGUUCGAUAACGCUGCAUCACGUGCACGAUAAGGAGGAAUACGUGGUGAAUUUGAUCGAUUCGCCCGGACACGUGGAUUUCUCGUCCGAGGUCUCGACGGCCGUCAGGCUGUCCGACGGUGCUUUAAUCAUCGUCGACGUGGUGGAAGGCGUGUGUCCUCAGACACGCAGCGUCCUCUCCGUAUCCUACAUCGAGGGUCUGAAGCCGAUUCUGAUAUUGAAUAAGAUCGACAGGCUGAUCACGGAGAUGAAGCUGUCCCCGUUGGACGCCUACGUACGUUUGACGCAGAUCCUGGAGCAAGUGAACGCGGUGAUGGGCGAGAUAUUCGCGAGCGACGUGAUGGAGCGCGAGGACCGGGAGGAGAUAGCAGCGACCACUAACAGGACGAACGAGAGGAGUCUGGCCGACUGGCAGUCGGCGCUGGAGGAAAUAGACGAUUCCAAUCUAUACUUCUCCCCGGAACAGGGGAACGUUCUCUUCGCCAGCGCCUACGACGGCUGGGGCUUCGGCUUGAAGGAGUUCGCCAAGAUCUACGCGGACAAACUGGGCUUCAGCGAGAAGGUUCUGCGCAAGACGCUCUGGGGGGAUUUUUACGUAAAUAACAAGACGAAGAGGAUCAUGAAGGGGGCGCAGGAGAAGGCGAAGAAGCCGCUUUUCGUGCAGCUGAUUUUAGAUAACAUCUGGGUGCUGUACGAGACGUUGGUGAUACGGAAGGACAAGGGCAAGCUGUCGCACAUGGCGGAGAAGCUGAACGUCAAGCUGACGACCCGGGACCUCAGGCACACGGAUCCUAAGGUGCAAUUGCAGGCCAUCUGCUCGCAGUGGCUGCCUCUGGCGCGAGCCUGCAUCGACAUGGUGUGCGAGGUGGUGCCGGCGCCGGACAGGUUGAGCGGUGAGAAGGUCGAACGGCUAUUGAGCGGGAACAACAACUUCCGCGCGUUGCACUUGAAGACUCAGCAGCUGAAGUCUGCGUUCCUCGAGUGCAACCCGUCGACGUACCCCACCGUCGCGUUCGUAUCGAAGAUGUUCCCCGUGGACAGGGACAUGUUGCCCGAGAACAAGUCGAAGCCCCUGACGCCGGAGGAGUUGGCGCACAGGAAGGAGAUUGCACGGCAGCGGCACGCGGAGAGGAUGUUGCGGCAGGUCAACGGGGGGGAGGAGACCGCCAUGAACAACAACGAGGAUCUCGACGACAAGCCGGACAAUGCGCUGGUGGCUUUCGCCAGGGUGUACUCGGGUACUAUCCAGGUCGGGCAGGACCUCUUCGUCCUGGGGCCGAAGCACAAUCCCGCGAUUGCUCUGGAACGUAUGAACAAGGGCGAACUGAUGUACAAGGACGAGUACACGGUGGAGAGUGAUCUCAAGUCGGAGGUGCACAUCACGAGGGUCACGAUAAGGAAGUUGUAUCUUCUCAUGGGGAGAGACCUCGUGGCGGUGGACCGAGUCCCGGCGGGCAAUGUUUGCGGGAUCGGCGGCCUGGAGAAGUACGUGCUGAAGACCGCGACUCUCUCCACGACGAUCGCCUGUCCCUCCUUCACGGAACUCACUUCUCUCGCCGUCCCGAUCCUGAGGGUGGCCGUCGAGCCGAAGCAUCCGCAGGAUCUCCCGAGACUCAUCGACGGCCUGAAACUGUUGAAUCAGGCGGACGCCUGCGCCGUCGUUCGCAUGCAGGAGAACGGCGAGAUCGUCUUGAACACCGCCGGUGAGGUCCACCUGGAGAGGUGCCUGGAGGAUCUGAACUUGCGUUACGCGAAGAUCGAUAUUAACGUAUCGGAGCCGAUCGUGCCGCUUCGCGAGACGAUCGUGCCGCCGCCGAAGCUCGACAUGGUGAACGAGGCGAUCGAGAAGAAGACGGAGGAGGUCAGCCUGGAGAUGUGGACGCCCCAUCGGCAAUGUCGGUUCGAGAUGGACGCGAGACCACUGCCGGAGAGCAUCACGAAGAUACUGGAGAGGAACGCCGGCUUGAUGAAAUUGUUGGAUAACUACUGCGACGAUCACGCCAAGGCGUCCGUGUCGGACAAGAAGCGAAAGGAGAUCGCGGCGUUCAGGAACGAGCUGGAGGCGGCUUUCGACGAGGCGGGAUGGAAGGAGGAAUUCGAUCGAAUAUGGUCGUUCGGUCCUCGCAAAUGCGGCCCUAACGUCCUGUUGAAUGCGACCGAUUACAAGCAGAAGAGGUUGUGGGAUCACCAGGACGUGAAUCACGAUCCUCGAGCGAUGUACGACAACAGCGUGAUCAACGGAUUUCAACUCGCUACAUUGGCCGGUCCUUUAUGUGAGGAGCCUAUGAUGGGAGUUUGCUUUAUUGUGAAGAAGUGGGAGAUGUUUUAUGUUCCACAAAGCCAUCACCAUCAGAGCCGAGGACUGUUGAAUGGUCAUGUAAUGUCGACAUUUAAGGAAGCGUGCCGACGGAUCUUCAGUCUGCGACGUCCACGGUUGGUGAUGCCGAUGUACAGCUGUAACGUUUUAGUCAACUCCGAUGUACUCGGCAAAUUGUACGCGGUGUUUGGCAAGAGGCAAGGCCGCGUCAUCUCCGCGGACAGUGCUCACGGCUUCGGCGGACAUUUCAGGGUAUUAGCCGUCUUACCUGUCCAGGAGAGCUUCCACCUUGCGAGAGAACUGCGGACGCAAACGUCCGGAUUGGCCAGUCCGCAGCUAGUCUUUAGUCAUUGGGAGUUAUUGGAGCAGGAUCCUUACUGGGUACCAUCUACGGAAGAGGAGUAUCUUCAUUUCGGUGAGAAGGCAGAUUGCGCUAAUCGGGCGAAGAAAUAUAUGGACGCGGUUCGUCGAAGGAAAGGCCUUCCCGUGGACUCCCAGUUGGUUACACACGCCGAAAAGCAACGCACACUUUCCAAGAACAAGUGAUGCGGAGUUCUUCCGCGCCGGACUAUUGUCGAUUGGAUUUUCUAUUUGCGACUGUACGAAGUAGCAAAGGACACUACGACAAAGGACUGGAGAAAAGGCUAAGAAAAAGGACUAGAAAGACGGCGUUUACAUUCACUCCUCCUGAUUGUUAUUGUUAUGAAAUGAAAUCAAAUGUCGGCACCGGGGACACGAGUUAAUGUUCCCGUGUGACCGAUGUUUGCGAGGACACCGGUCCUCGAAGUGUUAAUUGGUACAAUAAAUCACGUCUUGCCGUAUAAUGUAAGAUUCGGCAUCCACACACACACACACACACAUCCUGUACAUAUUUUAUUUCGUUUCCUUUUCCGUUCGACCGAACACAUUUUCAGAGCUCGUAUCGUAUUUCAGUUUCACAUAUAAAUUUCACUGCAAUAUUACACUUGUAACACGCGCGUAAAACAAGGUAGUUUUUAAACGUCGAUCGACUUACAAGCGAGAUACGUCCCGAUUCGCGUGCACAGCGGACUUUAUAGUCGGACUCGAAAGCAUCCAAUCUGGAACGCUGCGCGCAAAUCGCAAGGAACUCGAAUUGGACGAGCGAGCAAAUGAGCCUCCAAUUACGUAUGCGACCGUUGCUCGCAUCGUCGUACAUGCUUGUAUAUAUAUACGUUCGAAAUCGUGCGACGGCUGUAUGUGAGAACGAAGAUGUAUAAUGUCUGAAUUAUAUUUUAUUUCACGUAAGAUUAAGGUCUAGAAAAUAAAAUAAAAAAAUACAUCGCAAUAUUAUCGCAAUAUUCUUGUAUAUAUUAUGUACAAUAAAUACGUUACUCUUUGAGACAAAUGUA